AUGGCAGUUAUUGCAAGAGUUUGGAUAGUAGGGGCGUUGGCUACGUGCUUACUGGCAACGAUAGCGAGCGCUGCUGGACCUACGGUCACGGUGUUGAAUGGAACAUACGAAGGCUUACAUCUUCCCUCAUUCAAUCAAGACUUGUUCUUGGGUAUCCCGUAUGCGCAGGAUACCGGAGGUCAGAACCGCUUUCGCAUACCUCAAUCACUGAACUCGACAUGGAACGGCACGCGCCCUGCCAAAUCCUACGGAGAUACUUGUCCGGACCCAUCAGAUGCUAGCUUCAGUAUGAGCGAAGACUGUCUGAGCAUCAACAUUGUUCGCCCAGCUGGUCUAUCAUCCGGCGACUACGCAAAACUGCCAGUGGCGCUUUGGAUCCACGGAGGUAGUUAUCAAGUGGGCACGAGCGCGCUCCCGAACUACAAUCUGACGUAUAUUGUGGCAAGAAGUAUGGAUCUCGGUCAACCCAUUAUUGCAGCCAGUAUCAAUUACCGCAAGGGUGGGUGGGGUAUGUUGUACUCGCGAGAGAUCCAGGGCACCGGUCAGACAAACCUUGCACUUCGUGACAUGCGGAAAGGACUCGCCUGGAUCUCAGAGAACAUUGAAGCCUUCGGCGGCGACAAAGACACCGUGACCAUCUGGGGCGAGUCUGCUGGGAGCUUCGCAGUGGGCCAGCUACUUAUAUCCUAUGGUGGGCGUACAGAUGGCCUAUUCCAUCGCAGCAUCCAGGAAUCGGGAUCUGCCGCAACAGCAUGGUAUAAUUCUACAGAUUGGUAUCAGCCCAUCUAUGACAACAUAGUUAACAAGGCCAACUGCUCGGAUGAAGUUGAUACACUUGAGUGCCUGCGUACAGUGCCGUACGAGAUUAUGUUCCCCUUACUCGCGGCUCCCAGUCAGGGUCCAGGCUGGUACCCUACCGUCGACGGAGACAUCAUUCCUGCCUAUCCGACUGAACUGCUCGCCUCAGGCCGCUUUGCUCACAUUCCUCAUCUCUACGGCACCAACUCCGAUGAAGGUACCGACAAUGCGCCUGCCGGCGGCGUUAUCAACAACGACAAUGACCUUCGUGCCUACCUUACCAACAGCACAGGCUUCGACUUUCCCGAUGCUGUCAUUGAGCGUAUCAUGAGGCUCUACCCCGAUGAUCCUACCCUUGGCAUCCCCCUCAACACUGGGGUACAGCUCUUCGUAGAGCAAGGCCUCCAGUACAAACGCAUAGCCGCCAUCUUAGGCGAUGCAUUCUACCAUGCGCCCCGCCUCAUGGACGCCCGGGCUUACUCCAUGUACUCUCCCACAUACAUCUACCGCUUCAACACGCUCCCCUGGCAGAACAACAACACCGCCGACGAAGGCGGCAACGCACGCGCAUACAAAGGCGUUGCGCACUUUACAGAAGUAGCUUUUGUCUUCGCUAACCCUAGCUUCUAUGGGCCGUGGGAGGAGUACAAGGUGCUGAGCAAUCAGAUGAGCGCGCAGUGGAUCAACUUCGUUGUUAGUGGGGAUCCAAAUGGAGAGGCGCUGCCACGAUGGCCGCAAUACAAUGAGAGUGCGCAUGGGCUUGAUCUCGUGAUCCAGGCGAAGGGAAGAGGGUAUAAUGGGAGCUAUGUCGAGGAGGAUACUUGGAGGCUUGAAGGAAGAGAGUAUCUAAGUAGGUGGGCUAGGAGGAGGCAUGUUUAA